AUGGAACCCGAAGUCUGCCUGAAUCCUUUCCGAGGCGUUCCUGCCGGGUCUCCCCUUGAUCCUGCCAGCGAUUCCUUCAGCGCAAAGAAAUGGCUCUCGAACCUGAUCGGCUUCGUGGCCAAGGACCCAGAGAAGUACCCGUACCGCUUCACCGGACUCACAUUCAGGAACUUGGAUGUCUAUGGCUAUAGGAACCACUCGGACUACCAGAAGACCGUGGGCAAUAUUUUCCUCGAGGUCGGGCAUCUGUUUCGCUCCUUGGUGGGAACUGGAAAGCAGAAAGUGCAGAUAUUGAAAGGCUUUGAUGGCAUCGUGGAGAAUGGGCAGAUGCUGCUUGUGCUCGGUCGUCCGGGAAGUGGCUGUUCCACACUUCUAAAGACGAUAUCCGGCGACACCGGCGGGUUCCAUGUCGAGGAGCACUCCCAGCUCAACUACCAAGGCAUCUCUGCGCAUAAGAUGCACACACAGUUUCGCGGAGAGGCACUCUACAUGGCAGAGAACGACGUCCACUUCCCGCAGCUUACAGUCGGCCAGACUCUGCUAUUCGCCGCAAAAGCUCGAGCACCGCGCGACUAUACCUUUCCCGGAGUUACUCGAGACAUGUACGCCACACAUAUGAGAGAUGUGAUCAUGGCAACAUUUGGUUUGCGCCAUACCCUGGAUACGAAUGUCGGGAAUGAUAUAAUGCCUGGUGUCAGCGGAGGUGAGAGGAAACGAGUUAGCAUUGCAGAAGCUACGUUGAGCGGGAGUCCGUUGCAAUGCUGGGAUAACAGUACCAGAGGACUCGACAGUGCAAAUGCCCUGGAGUCUUGCAAGCAUUUGAGGAUUUCAGCAGACAUGGCAGGGUCGACGAUUCUGGUAUCUCUCUACCAAGGAUCUCAAGAAGCGUACGACCUUUUCGACAAAGUAACAGUACUCUACGCUGGACAACAGAUAUAUUUUGGCCCCAGUAAUGCAGCAAAAGCCUAUUUCACCAAUAUGGGCUUUGUAUGCGCUCCAAGACAGACAACGGCUGACUUUUUGACAUCCCUGACUAGCCCUAGCGAGCGUUUGAUCAGACCUGGAUUCGAACAUCGGACACCACGUACCGCUGCGGAGUUUGUUACGGUCUGGCAGAGUAGCAAUGAAUACGGACAAUUAUUGGAAUAUAUAGCGGCUUAUAACGAGAGUCAUCCGGUUGGAUGCAGGUCUGCUGCUGAUUUUGCGGCUUCAAGAAGUCUACAACAAGCUAAACACCACCGUGUUGAAUCGCCUUAUACUCUCUCCGUCAAUCAGCAGAUCAAGUUGUGUGUCGGGCGUGGCAUCCAACGGCUGAAAGGAGAUGCCAGCGUUACAAUCUCUGGUGUUGUUGCUAAUAGUAUAAUGGCCCUCGUUGUGGGAAGUAUAUUUUACAACAUGGAAGAUAGUACGGCGGAUUUUCAUAGCAGAUCCGUACUGCUCUUCUUUGCGAUUCUUCUUAAUGCUUUUGCUAGUGCACUCGAGAUUAUUAUUCUUUUCGAUCAACGUCCUAUUGUUGAAAAGCACGCCAGAUACGCUCUAUAUCACCCUUUCACAGAGGCAAUUUCAUCCGCUCUCUGUGACUUGCCGUACAAAAUCUGCAACUCCAUCGCGUUCAACCUAGUGCUCUACUUCAUGACGAACUUGAGAAGGACACCAGAAGCAUUCUUUGUUUUCAUCACCUUUUCGUUCUUCACAACUUUAUCAUUGUCUAUGGUCUUCCGGACUAUUGGGGCUACUUCUCGGAGCUUGGCCCAAGCACUAGCUCCAGGAGCAAUUUUCAUUCUAGCGCUAAUGGUUUAUACCGGAUUCGUAAUUCCAGUGCCAAACAUGGUGCCUUGGUUUCGCUGGAUCAACAAGGUGAACCCGAUUGCAUACGCCUUUGAGAGUCUGAUGAUCAACGAGUUUCACGGCCGAAAUUUUAAAUGUGGUACCUUUGUUCCACAAGGACCUCAGUACGGCAAUGUUGGAGACCUCAAUCGAAUCUGCGCUACAGUUGGUGCUCAAGUUGGGUCAGAUUUUGUUUCUGGAACCGAUUUCAUCAGACUGAGUUACAAUUAUGAGCGUUCUCAUAUGUGGAGAAACUUUGCGAUUAUUGUUGCGUUCUUUGUCUUCUUCACGGGUACUUACUUGAUUGCUACAGAGUUCAUCACCGAGAAGAAGUCCAAAGGAGAAGUACUUCUUUUCCGGCGAAUUAACAAACCUCGCCUCACGAAUUCCAGCGACCCUGAAAACCCUCAAACAGCCCCAGGAACGCUAGAUCCUAUUGUACGGGAUCCUCCGAGAGGAAUAUCUGGGACCAUUGAACAUCAAACCUCGAUCUUUCAUUGGAGAAACAUAUGCUAUGAUAUCAAGAUAAAGAAGGAAAACCGCCGGAUCCUAAAUCAUGUCGAUGGUUGGGUGAAGCCAAGAAGUUUGACUGCGCUUAUGGGGCCGUCUGGAGCCGGUAAGACAACCUUACUCGAUGUUCUAGCUGCUAGAGACACCAUCGGCAUCGCGUCUGGAGGAGCUCUGGUUGACGGUCACCAGCGUGAUAUAUCCUUCCCACGCAAGACUGGAUACGCCCAACAACAAGAUAUCCACCUGGAAACCAUGACUGUUCGAGAAGCACUCCAAUUCAAUGCCCUAAUGUGCCAGCCGAAGAGUUUAGUAAAGAAGGAGAAGCUUGCCUAUGUUGAGGAGGUUAUCAAGCUUCUGAAAAUGGAGUCGUAUGCCAACGCAAUCAUAGGACCUCCUGGAGAAGGGCUUAAUAUCGAGCAGCGAAAGAAAUUGACGAUUGCUGUUGAGCUCGCAGCAAGACAUCAACUGUUACUGUUUCUCGAUGAACCCAGUUCGGGACUAGAUAGCCAAACCGCUUGGGCCGUCUUGGAUCUUCUGCAGGAACUGACAUACCACGGUCAGGCCAUUCUUUGCACCAUCCAUCAACCGUCUGCCAUGUUGUUCCAAAGAUUCGAUCGCCUUUUGCUGCUAGCUCCUGAAGGAAAGCCUGUCUAUUUUGGCCAGAUUGGCUAUGAGGCGUCGACUGUCAUUAGCUAUUUCGAGCGAAAUGGAGCAAAGCCAUGUCCCGCUGAUGCAAAUCCUGCCGAAUGGAUCAUGGAAGCUCUUGGAUGCGCACCAGGUCAUCAGAGUACAAUCGACUGGCCUGAAGUAUGGCGAACCAGCCCUGAAUACGUUCAUGUUCAACACGAAUUGGAUAAAAUGGAGAGACAAAAUCUACGAUCAAGUACGAUUGUAUCAGCUGCCACAAAUGAGCAUGGAGAGUAUGCGGCUUCUUUUCAGGUACAGCUUUGGGAGUGUUUCAAGCGAGUUAAUAAGCAGUACUGGAGAAGUCCCUCGUAUAUAUACUCGAAAGCAGCACUGUGUACUUUAGCUCCAUUAUUCCUGGGGUUUUCAUUCUACAAAGCAGAUAAUUCCUUGCAGGGUUUGGAGAGCCAGACUUUUAGCAUUUUCAUGCUUCUUACACAAUCCUCCAAUCUGGUUCCUCAAAUUCUUCCAAAUUUUUGUAUCCAGCGAUCUUUAUACGAACGCCGAGAACGACCUGCAAAGACUUACUCAUGGAAAGUAUUUAUACUAUCCAAUAUAUUGGUUGAGCUACCUUGGAAUACACUGAUGUCAUUCAUUAUCUUCAUAUCCUGGUAUUACCCAAUCGGCCUGUACAGGAAUGCAGAACCAUCGCAUGCGGUCAUUGAGAGGGGGGUUACCAUGUUCCUUCUGAUGUGGGUGUAUAUGAUGUACACCAGCACAUUUGCCCAUAUGGUUCAAGCUGGGGUUGAACUGGCGGCAAUGGCUGGAAAUUAUGCCAAUUUGCUGUUUAUCCUAACUCUGAUAUUUUCCGGCCUCCUCGUCAAUGCCGAUGCUCUUCCAGGUUUCUGGAUCUUCAUGUACCGCGUUUCCCCUUUUACGUACCUCAUUAGUGGCAUCCUGUCGGUUGGAUUGGCCAACGCACCUGUCAGCUGCUCGAAGAUCGAGCUCCUCCACUUUGACCCUCUCCCCGGCAUGACGUGUGGCUCUUAUCUAAAGUCAUAUAUCGAAACUGCAGGUGGUCGAGUUAUGAACCCAGACGACCAUUCUGCUUGCUCGUUUUGCCAGGUUGAUAAUACAAACGAUUUUUUGAAGUCGCUGCGUAUCUACUACGAUGAUCGAUGGACAAACUUUGGCAUUUUGUGGAUUUACGUCCUGUUUAAUGUCUGUGCUGCUAUAUUCCUGUACUGGAUGUUCAGAGUGCCCAAGAAGAUCAAGAAAGGAACACCAGAGGAUAUUUCGGACCCCCCACUUCCACAAUCAGAGCCUGAUGAUGUAAAGAAGGAUUUGGAUCUUGAUGAAGAAGAAUUUCGCGAGGCAAUUCUGAAGAUGAGAUCAAUGGUAGAUGAGGGGGAAUUUGUUGGUUCUUUGUGA